AUGUCUUCGACACUUCGCAAUUCAGUCCAGCGACGCAAUCAUAAAGAGCGUGGCCAGUUGGCCGGCCGUCAGCAUUUCGGUUUGCUAGAAAAGAAGAAAGAUUACAAGCUUCGUGCCAAAGAUUACCACAGCAAACAAAACAGACUCAAGGCUCUGCGAGACAAGGCCUUGUUUAGAAAUCCCGAUGAAUUCUACUUUAAGAUGAUUAACUCCAAAACAAAGGGUGGUGUUCACAUUAAAGAACGUAAUGAACAGCUGCCUCAUGAGAUGAUUCAGUUAAUGAAGUCUCAGGACAAAAACUAUAUUAAACUUCAGCGGGAUAUUAGUAAAAAGGUAAGCACAAAAACAUUGGCAGUCAAGAAAAAGACAAAUCAUAUUGUAUUUGUGGAUUCUGAGAAGCAAGUAAAACAGUUCGACCCUGCUAAACAUCUCGAUACAUUCCCUGAACUUGUUAACCGUAAAUUCAACCGGCCGCGUAUCGAUACACUGAGAAAGACAACAUUUGCCAAUCUAGAGGACAAAAAGGAGAUCAAGGUCAGUUUGCUCAAGCGUGAAAGAGAAAAGAAAUAUAUGGAAUUGGCAUCCAGAUCAAAGCGUGAGGAAGAACUUGCUCGGGUGGAACGUGAAUUGCAGAUACAAAAAGCUCUUCAGCAAAAGGGCAAGAAGACUAAGGUGGGUGUGGACAAGCAUGGAUUGGCAGUAUACAAGUGGGCUGCUCAGCGUAAGAAAUAA